UGAGAGAAUGAGAUCUAUCCGUCACUCCAAAAGCAGUCCCCUUCUCAGAGAGCAAAAAAUCUGAGCGGACGAAUCGAGAUCUAGGUCUUGCGAAAGAUCGAUCGGUGAAGGAGAAGAGUGUCAGGUAGGGAGAUUGUCGAAGGAAAUGGCGGUGGCCUUCCGUGGAGGCCGGAGCGGGGGCGUCAUUGGUGGCGGUUCUGGCGCAUCCGCCGGCCUUCGCGGUUUGUUCUCAUGCAGGAUCAUCGUUUCUGCCUUGUUCUCUCUUCUCUUCCUCGCGGCGUUGUCUGUCGUCCUCAACUCGUCUCGUCGCCAUCGGGAUCCUACACUACCAAAUAAGGGAAGCGCAUAUAUGCACAGGACGUUUUUAGCUUUGCAAUCAGAUCCACUGAAAACCCGGUUGGAUCUGAUAUACAAACAAGCAACUGAUCACCUAACGCUGGUGAACGCAUAUGCGGCUUACGCCAGGAAGCUGAAGCUUGAUGCUUCGAAGCAGCUGAAGUUGUUCGAAGAUCUGGGUAUUAACUUCUCCGAUUUGCAGUACAAACCUGACUACAAAUCUGUCCUGUCUGAAAAUGGUAAUGCUGUUGAGGAGGAUACAUUACGUCAGCUUGAGAAAGAAGUGAAGGAUAAGGUGAAAACAGUGAGGAUGAUGAUAGUUGAGUCGAAGGAAAGUUAUGACACCCAGCUAAAAAUCCAGAAGUUGAAAGAUACAAUCUUUGCGGUCCAUGAACAGUUGACUAAGGCCAAGAAAAGUGGUGCUGUUGCCAGCCUGAUUGCAGCGAAAUCUGUUCCUAAAAGUAUUCACUGUUUGGCCAUGAGGCUUGUAGAAGAGAGGAUCUCGCAUCCUGAGAAAUACAAGGAGGCACCACCUGACCCAGCCAUGGAGGAUCCAAGUCUUUACCACUAUGCGAUCUUCUCUGACAAUGUGAUUGCUGUGUCAGUUGUGGUGAGAUCAGUGGUGAUGAAUGCCGAAGAGCCAUGGAAGCAUGUCUUUCACGUGGUGACUGAUCGAAUGAAUCUCGCAGCCAUGAAGGUCUGGUUUAAAAUGCGUCCACUGGGCCGUGGUGCACACAUUGAGAUCAAGGUCGUGGAGGAUUUCAAGUUCUUGAACUCUUCAUAUGUACCGGUUUUGAGGCAGCUCGAAUCUGCCAAGUUGCAGAAAUUUUACUUUGAGAGCCAAUCUGAGAAUGCGACAAAGGAUGCCCAUCAUAACCUCAAUUUCAAGAACCCAAACUAUAUCUCAAUGUUGAACCAUCUCAGAUUUUAUUUGCCUGAGAUGUACCCGAAGCUUCAUAAGAUCUUAUUCUUGGAUGAUGAUGUUGUGGUGCAAAAGGACUUGACUGGUUUAUGGAAGAUUAACCUGGAUGGCAAAGUGAACGGAGCUGUGGAAACGUGUUUUGGAUCUUUCCAUCGAUAUUCUCAAUAUUUAAAUUUCAGCCAUCCUUUGAUCAAGGAGAGCUUCAACCCCAAUGCUUGUGCUUGGGCUUUUGGAAUGAACAUAUUCGACCUUGAUGCUUGGAGGCGCGAAAAAUGCACCGAACAGCUCCACCACUGGCAGAACUUGAAUGAAGAACAAAAUCUCUGGAGAUUGGGCACUCUACCCCCGGGAUUGAUCACAUUCUAUUCGAAGACGAAAUCACUGGACAAAACAUGGCACGUUCUAGGGCUCGGGUACAACCCAGGCGUGAGCAUGGACGAGAUCAGGAACGCAGCAGUGAUCCAUUACAACGGAAACAUGAAACCAUGGCUCGACAUCGCUAUGAACCAAUACAAGUCUCUCUGGACGAAAUACGUUGACAACGAAAUGGAAUUUGUGCAGAUGUGCAAUUUUGGCCUAUAGAGAGAGACAAAACCAAUACAAAAAAAAAACGAACUGGUACGCAUUUCUUUUCAUUCCAACUGAUUUUUUUUUUUGUCUAUAUAUAGGAAUUUACACAUUAAGCUCGUCGGGGUCUUGAGUUUUGGUCCAUUCAUUUGUAACUCUUGAGAGCAAAAGGGUCGAGCUUUAGCUUGCCAUAAUAUGUCCACUUCGUUUAGUUAUUGUCUGUGUAAGAAACUCCUUAAUAUGUCAUAAGUUCUAUUCUUCUAGCUUA